CGAGCUGCCGCCCCUCCCGCCGCUCCCGCGCGCGCGGCCCCUGCCCUCUCUCGCCCCCGCCACAUGGCCUCCGCCCCCGCGGGCCCCGCGGCGGCGGCUGCCGGGGCCGAGCCGGAGGCGGGGCCAGGCUGCCGGAGGCCGGCCCUGUGCGAGUGGUGUGGCGAGGGCGCUGCGAAGUACCGCUGCCCCGCCUGUGAGCUGCGCACCUGCAGCGCCGCGUGCGUCAGGGCGCACAAGGAGGAGCGCGAGUGCAGCGGGAAGCGGCCCCGCACCAGCUUCGUGGCGCCGCUGCGGGCCUUCUCGAACCAGGACGUCAUCGUGGGUCGGAGCCAGGCGGUCCGAGUAGUCGACGGUCGGCGCACCAAGAGAAGCAGCCAACGGACAGCGCAGCCACAAUGGAAGUCUGACUUCCUCGAUGUUCUGAUGGUGGUCAUGCUGCGAUUUUGGCCAGGGCUGGGCCUAAACGCUGUUUUUCUGGAUCUCGGCUGUGUUUGGUUUUUCGUUCUGGGAGGG